UGUGUAGUCAUGGAGACAGUUGUGGAUGUGACGAAUGAAGACACCAUGUUAGUAGCUAUGGAGUCAACUGCUUGUGAACCCCAUCAUGCACCUUUGCCAGAACUUUCUGGAGUUUCUUCAAUUACAUCGCAGAGUGAGUCUGCCGAAGGCUCAGAGCAGCAGCAGCAACUUCGAGUGUACUUAAAAGUGCGUCCCUUCAGCGAAGACGAACUCAAAAGCAAUGAAGAUCAGGGUUGUGUUGUGCUGGAGAGCUCCGAGGUUAUUGCCCUUCAUGCUCCUAAAGGAUCUGCUACCAUGAAGAACAGUGAGAAAGGCAUCGGCCAGCAAGUUUAUAAAUUCAACUUCACACAGAUUUUUGGGCCAUCGUGUACUCAAUCGGAGUUCUUUGAGGGAACGAUCAGUUCACAGGUGCAAGGCUUCCUGCAUGGGAAAAACGCGUUGGUGUUCAGUUAUGGAGUCACCAACGCUGGAAAAACCUACACCAUACAAGGUUCUCAGAAGGAGCCUGGCAUUUUGACACGUGCAUUAGAGGUUUUGUUCAAACACAUCGCUUGCCGUCAGUAUGAGACCAUGGACCUGAAGCCAUAUUUGAGCUCGGAUGUGCAAAAACUGGAUUCUGAGCAACUCAAAGCAGAGAAAAAUGCCAAGGCAGCACUCUUCGCUCUGCUCAAAGAGGAGCCUGAAUCCACAAAAGCAAGCAGAAGUAGAAGCUCAACGUCAUCGUCGGUCAACAGUCUGUCAUUUUCCGGAGUCUCGUAUGAUCAUACGGUUGACAGUGCUGACGGUGCAAGUGAUGAAGGCAAUUGUCUUUACUCUGUUUGGGUGGCUUUUUAUGAAAUCUACAAUGAGCACGUGUACGAUCUGCUUCAGCCGCCCCACACCAGCAAAACCAAGAGACGUCCUGCGCUGCGGGUGUGCGAGGACAGCACGGGGAGCUCCUACGUCAGAGAUUUGCGAUGGGUCAAUGUGCAGAAUGUGGAGGAGGCCAGUAAAGUUCUGCGCGUGGGCAAUAAGAACCGCAGCGCGGCAGCCACCAAGAUGAACCAGUCGUCCAGCAGAAGUCACACCAUCUUCACCAUAAAACUCAUACGUAUCGAUGGAACAGAUGUUCAGGGACUGUCGGAUCUUUCACUCUGUGACUUAGCCGGCUCCGAAAGAUGCAACAAAACAAAAACGUUCGGAGAGCGUCUGAAAGAGGCCGGUAACAUCAAUAAUUCAUUGCUUAUCCUGGGCAAGUGUAUCGCAGCCCUCCGGAACAUCCAGAAUGACAGGACAAAGACAAAUUACAUUCCGUUUCGAGAGAGCAAACUCACUCGGCUCUUUCAGGGAAUGUUUUGCGGGCGUGGCCGAGCAUCCAUGAUCGUGAACAUCAACCAGUGUGCCUCCACUUACGAUGAGACCCUCCAUGUCAUGAAGUUUUCCGCUGUGGCCAAGCAGGUGCUUCAGGUGAUUCCUCAGCGAUCUGUUGAGUCUUUGGCUCCCCGGCUAGUUGGUCGUGAUGGGAAGCCAUUGCUGAAGAAUGGAGUGAUCGAUGCUAAGGCGGUUGAUGAAUAUCUUUCCGAGGAAGAGCUACUGGACAGCGACGAUGAGGCAGACAUGUCCAUAUUCCCUCAAGAGGAGCUUGUGAGUUUGGUUGAGAGCUUGCGUCUCAAACUGCUGGCCGAACGCAGGAAGAACCUGUUGCAGGAGAUUCAGAUACGGAAUGAAAUGGGAGAUAUGAUGAUGCAACAGAUCAUGGAGGCAGAGGAGCUGCACAGUCGUCAGAUGGUGGAUCUGAAGGAGGGUUACGAAGAAAAGAUGGAAAGCACCUUUGACAUGUAUAAAGAGGCUUUGAAAGAACAUGCGUACCAGUGUGCGCUGGAGAGGCUGGAGGAAGAUUACAUCCCCAUUGAAGAAUACAAUGAAGAGCUAGAGCGAGUCAAGGAGCUGGAGAAUCUCGUAAGUGAAUUGGAACAGAAAUGCCAGCGUCCAGCAUCCGCUCCACCCGUCACACAGGAGAGCUCAAUGCAGACAGAUCCACUUCCUGCCACACCGGACGUCGCUGCAGAGAGAUUCCAACUGCUGUACAAAGAAAAGUGUGCCGUGGAGAAACUGUGUGUUGAGAAACAAGAGCUCCUUGUGUCUCUCGAGCAGCGAAUCAGCGAGUUAAAUGAAACCCUGCAGGAAGCUGGCGAGAGCUACAUGGAGAAGCUUGCAGACGUCCAAAAUCUACAGAAAAAGCUCUUAAACCAGGAGCGUGAAAUUGUGCGGUUACAGAGUGAUGUCACAAACAAAGAGGCGGAGUCCAGCAUUUUGAGGGAGGAGCUCUCCAAGCUGAAUGAUUCUGUGGGUCAGUCUCGUACGAGACGCGGUCUGCUGGUCAACAUUAAGGAAUCGAUGACGCCUCAGUCCACAGGUAGUCUGUGUCGGACCAUCAAGAAGUCCGUGAGAGCAACGACAUCACUCAGGAAGAAGCCCAGCUGA